UGUCAAAAAAAAAAAAAUAUAUGAAUUUUGUAAAAUGUAUUUUUUUUUUGCUGUGACUGCUUACAUAUCUAACCCAAAUUUUUUUCCCAAUCACAGACACACACACAAACAAACACACUCCCCCAAACCUUUGUCUCUCUUUCUCCUAUUACUUCAAUUCGAAUCUGCAACGAACGAAGACUAAUCGACAAGAAAAGAGUGGCUGGUUGUUCUGAGUUUCCAGUACACCGGACCUAAACCAGAACUCACUCUCCGACCAAACAUGUCUUCUGAGAAUGUUCAUCCUUUCAUCGCUGCUCAGCUCAAUUACCUCGUAACUCAUUUUCCUCUUUCCAUUAAGAUUGAGCAGAUGUGGUCUGGUAGCAAAUACUACCCUGGAACGCUUGAUCGGUUCACUCUAGCUAUACCCUAUUGUCUAGACUUUCUCAAAUGGGAUAUUAUAUUUGAUGCGGAGUCUCCGUUUUCUGCUCCUGAUGUAAUAUUUGGACCUGAGGACGAAACUUUUAAUCUAUUUCUUCUAAUGGAUGGUGAUGGAGAAGGUUACUUAAAGUCUCCAAAGAACUGCUUCAGUGAUUGGAAUAGCAAAGACCCUACUCGGCUUAUGAUUCUUGUUCAACAACUCAGGGAUCAAUACAAGUCCUACCAGAACAGGCGUGUUGGGGAGGUUGAUGAUGAUAGGUUGAAAUUUGAAGUUGGCACAAUGUUACCUAGAGAGGGGAUCGAAAUGCAUACGGUAUCCGGGGUUGAAAAGCCAGAAGAAGUCAAAUUUGCAAUACCUCUAAUGGACAUGGACAUAAAUAAAAUGGUUCCUGGAUGCCCUUGGAGACUUCCACAGAAGAUAUACUUACAGGUCAUAUAUCCUGUUGGGAAAAAAGUUGUUUCUACUCCUUCAGCUCCUCGGGUGAAAUUAUUUUCCACAUCUGAGUUGAAGGCACUGUUUCUCAUUGAAGAUGUUAAACUUCCUGUGUGGGUGGAUGGAAUGUGCAUGGCUGAAUAUCUUCCCCAUUUGGAAGAAUCUCUGGCGAAACAGGUCUCGGAGGCUGUUAUCUCCAUUGAUGUUAGAAGACAAUUUAUCGAGGCAUUAGCUGUUGUGUUUGGAAGACCUCUAGAAGCUGAUUCAGUUUUCUGUAGAAGGGCAACAUUCCUCGCUUGCUCUGGAGUAUUUACAUUCAUGGUUCACUUUCUUAUUUCAACCCAGUUUCCAAGGCAACAUCCAAUUCUGAUACUUCAAAGUUCCCAGCAUUUCAACUCUCAAGGAGCACCAAUUAAGUCACAUCAUCUGGUGGACUAUCCUUGGAGUCCAAGAUGGGAGCCGUCACUAAUGGCAGCAAGGAUUUUUGAAUAUUUGGUGGACGAGGCUUUGAACUUCAAGAGAUACUGCAAUGAGGUUCACCUCCAGCACUAAUGUAAUUGGCGGGUGUUACAAUCGUGUAAAGAAGCUAUGGGCCGUGGAAAACUUUUGUUUGUUGUUGAAUAUGAUUGUGUUUCAAAAAAUUAGCCAGUCACUUGUGUAUUUUGUCCUGGUUUUUUGAUAUGUUAAUAUUUUUAGCCUAGUAGAAAAGUUAGCAACUGAACUCGGAUACUAACUUAAAAUACUCUGAAGCAAAAAUGCUAACUGGAAACCGAUGUUUGUUAGUUUACUACCUGCUCUUUUGAGUUGAAAACUUCAAAUCGAACAAGCCUUUAGGCUUUAGCCCAAAAUGUUUAAUUAAUACAUUUAAAAUGUAGGGUGUUUAUACA